CAUGAUUCAAACUCGAUUGGAGCGUUUAGCCAUGUCUGCGAGGGCCAUGAAUGUAUAAUUGUCUGGGGUGCGUCCACAUUGCGAUUUUCAAAACCCACGGAGGACUUUAUCUCCAAACUUUUUCGACACUUGUAUUCUCUCACGUAAUAAUCAUUAGAGCGAGAUGUCUGAGCUUGCGGAGAAGAGCCUGAACGACGGCGUUGUUGCCACUGUUGAGAAGGACGCCUUGGUAAAGGAGGGCGUGUUGAGCUCCACAUCGUCUGGAGAGUUCACCUAUGUUGCACCAUCCGCCGCUGAGGAUCGAAAGCUCACAACAAAGCUCGACAUCAGAGUGAUUCCCAUCUUCGGGCUGCUUUACCUCAUCUGUUUCUUGGACAGGACAAAUAUUGCCAAUGCUCGACUUGCCGGUCUUGAGAAGGCUCUCCAUAUGCCAUCUAAUGGCUUCAAUGUGGCUUUGUCGAUCUUCUACAUCCCGUUCGUGCUCUUCGAAGUUCCGAGCAACUGGAUCAUGUCGAGACCUUUUAUCAAGCCGAACCUGUUCCUCGGUGCCCAAACUUUCAUCCUUGGCGUUCUUGCUAUGUGUCAGGGUCUGACCCACAGCUAUGGUGGGCUGUUGGCCAUCCGUUUCCUUAUGGGCAUUGUGGAGACAAGUUUACCUGCAGGCGCUGGUCUCUUGAUUGCCUCAUACUACCGCAAGAAGGAGCUCGCUCUGCGAUUCGCGAUGUUUUUUGCCUUCGGACAGAUGGGUGCAUGUUUCAGCGGCCUCCUCGCAUAUGCCCUCAUGGAUCUCGGAGGACCGCUCGAUGGCUGGCAAUGGAUUUUCGUGGUCGAAGGCUUGGUCACAAUUGUGUUCUCAGUCCUUGUCUUCAUCUUCUGCCCUAACUUCCCUGCCAAGGACAAUCUGCUGUCCGAGAAAGACCGCGCUAUGUUGUUGGCUCGUCUAGAAGCAGACAAGGGUAAGGAGGUUGAGAAGGAGAGUACGAGCACAUGGUUGAGAGCGUUCGUCGACUAUCGCGUCUGGCUCUGCACCCUCCUCUUCUUCUGUGCCGAUCUCUCCGCGGGCUCACUCUCUAGCUUCAACCCGACUAUUCUCAGCCAGCUAGGCUGGACGGCACGGAGGGCCCAGGUCAUGACUAUUCCGGUCUGGAUCGUGGGUACUUUCGUUGCAUUGACGUGCAACCUGCUUGCUGGUCGCCUGAACAAGCGGUGGCCGUUCCUCCUAUUUGCAAUUUCACUCUCUCUUACCGGCUGGUGUAUUCAUGUCACUUAUCAAAAGUCCCCCGUGCGAUAUUUCGCCCAGUUCAUCAUCUCUGCCGGUACAUUCAUUGCGAUGCCAAUGUACGUCGGUCUCCUGACUGCAAACGUCAGAGGCCAGGCUUACAAAGGUGUUGCCACCGCUAUCAUUCUCGGCAUUGGAAACUGCGCCAAUUUCAUCUCAUCAAACAUUUUCAUAACAAAGCAAGCACCGCGCUAUCCAGUUGCAUUCAGGACAGGCGUCUCGAUCACAGGCCUUUGCUUCCCUGUCCUAGCUUUGACAAUCUUCUUGUUCAAGCUUCAUAAUAAAAAGAUUGCCAAGAGAGAGGCUGCCGGUGAAGUGUUGGACGAACAAAAGGACUUCAAAUAUGUAUAUUAAUUACGUUGGAUGUACGUCAUGCAGAAUAAAGCAGU